AUGGACAACUUUGCCUUGCUUCUGCAACCUUCAGUUGAUUGGGACAUGCCAGGAUUACAAUCACUGAGGCAUAUCGGACUGAGUGGAUUUUAUGAUGAGUACAGUUUGAAUGCUAUAGUGAGAACAUCAAUCACUCUUCGCAUGAGACUCCAAUUUUCAGAAAUGGAAGAGGUGAAUACAGGCCUCUACUUCAACUACCCAUGUCUACGUCAGAGCUGUGCUAAUGUAAACAUCCCAGCACCAUGUGUCAACAAAACAAUCUCACACAUUGAAGAGGUGGAGUCAAAAAUACAGGGGCGUAUGAAACAGGUUGAAACUUCUUUUGCAGAAUGGAGAAAAACUUGUCCCACAAAGGACCUAAAAGAAGAUUUGAGUAUUGAAGGACCAGUGGAAGAGGUCAAACCAGAAGAAGAGAGAGAUGAAAACUGUCCUGAGUUAAAGAAAGAAAUGGAAACAUUGCUGUCAGAGACGAUCCAUCUCAUUAAAUGUCUAGAAACUGACCGGGCAAUUGCCGAAGAAACUUUAAAUCAACAAAAAUUAAGAAAGGGAAAGAUUACCACAAAAAUUGAUGCGUGGUCAAUCUGGAAACUUCAAGAACUCCCACUAGCUGUGCAGAAAGAACAUGAUGCCUACUUGAGAGACAUUAUGGAAUUACAAUGGCAUCUGGAAGGCAGAAUUCGUCAACUGGAACAUGUGGAGAAACAAAAGACAAAGCUAGAAGAAGCCAACGCGAAGGUUCAAAGGGACAUCGACUACAUGCUUCAAUAUGGCCCUCUACUGCGAUCAAAGCGGCAGCAGGAAGUGGAAGCUCUGAAGGAGUGUUCUCAAAAGGAAGCUGAGGUAAUGGAAAUGUUCAGACAAGUUCAUGAAACACUUGAAGAAGCUAAAGACGCCUUUGAAAAUGCCAAAUUGAAAGCUAAACAAGCUAAAGAAGAAAUGGAAAAAGAUAUUUCCUGUGAUAAAGCAAGCAUAGAGAACUACAAGAAAGACCUGGUUAAACUUAACAAUUUAUUUAUUCGCUACUCUACAUCAAUAAAAAACACUAAUAUUCAUAUAGAAGAAAAACAAGAGAUAAUGAAUGAGACAUUGAAAGAAACAAAGUCAUCAAAAGAAGAAAUGGCUGCUUUGUCAAAAACCCUCGCAGAUUUGAAACAACUUUAUGAGGACCAGUGUUUGAAGCAAAAUGGAUAUCGACAGCAGUAUUUGGAAGUACUCAAUAAGUUUUAUGCCUCAAAAAGUACAUGGAAUAUUGAGCUUUCUAACUUGAAAAAAGACUUUUCAGAGAUUUCAAUAGCACAUUCUCAAGAAGCAGAAGAAAGGAGUAGACUUUUACUUGAUUUGGACAACAUAACAAAGGAAAUCAUUGUCAGCAAAAGGAGAAAAAAUGAGUAUGAGAUGGAGAUUCAAUCUUUGCUUAAAAUGAAAGCAAAGAAUGAAGAGUUUCUCAAAUAUCUCUACAAGGAGGCAUAUCACAUCGGUUCUCAUUUCCAUCUAGCCAAAUAUAGAGUAGAAGAUUUAGAAGACAAAAUAGCAGAAGCGAGAAGAAAAUUCAAGGCUAGAGAAGAUUUCUUGAAAAGACGUAUCCGAAAUCAAAUGACUACGGGGAUGAUAAUUCAGAACAAAAUUUAUUCCAUUCAAGAAAAUCAGUUAAUUGAGAAAAAAGAGCUUUUGAAAGAGAGAGCAGUAUAUGCUCUAGCACUGCAAGAAAUACUGGAACCUCUGCUCAUACUAGAUAAUGAUUCUGUACAGCUGAAAUUGCUCCAUGAAGAACAGAGUCAGUUACUGAAUGACAUAGUUGUAAAGAGGGAUUUUGUUAGAAAGAAGGUGGAAAAAACAAAGAAAAAAUUACGAAGAAAGGGGAAGAAAACCCAUGUUGCACUAAUGGAAACUGAGGAUAAACGUUCAGCAGUUUUUGAAGAGUUAGAGUCAACUAAAGACAAAACGAAUGCUUUUAAUGUAAAAAUAAUUGAUUUGAAAAUAGAAUUAAAAGAACAGGAACAGGAAAAUUUAGAUUUUGAAAAGAAAAUCGAACAGUUAAAGGAGAACUUUUUAGUUGUAAGAUAUAAAAGGGAGAAUGCACAAAAUAUAUUUGAGCAUUUCAUGGAGAAGAAAAAACUCUGUGAAGAGAGAAUCUUUGAUGAAGACAAGAAAUUUACAGUGCUCUUUGAAACAAGGCAAAAGACUCUGGAAGAUAUUAAAAAAUUGCAAGAUAAUUCCCUGGAAGAAAAUCUACGUUUAGCUCAAGAAUAUCAAAAACUACUGGAAAUUUUCUUAGUCGAAAAGGACAAAUUCUUCAAUAUAUAUAGCAGAAAGCUAUCAAUUGAUGCUUCUGUUAGAGAUAAGAAAGAGGCUGCAGGUUUCUCACCUACAAAGCUCCCAAGCUCCCUAACAGGCAUAUCUGAUGAACUUUCAUAUUUUCAGUUACCCCUCUGUCAGCUGCAGAGAAAGCUCCACAAACAGUGGCAGGAGUACUUCAAACUGGUGGUCCUCUUCAGCCAGAUACAGCUGGACAAGUUCCAGGCAGAAUCUCAGGAGGGUAUUCAGAAAAUAUUAGCUGUGCAGGAUGAAUCUGCAAAUUUAAUUCAACACAUCCAAGAUUUCUUCCAGAGUUUGACAGAUGGCCCAUGCGAAGAUGAUGGUUAA